AUGACUUCGGAGGCCAGAAAUAUUUCUCACACUGUGAGUGAGUUCAUCCUCUUGGGCUUUCCUUGCCGUUGGGAAAUGCAGAUCCUCCUCUUUUCCAUAUUCUUUAUGACUUACAUCAUGACGCUCCUUGGAAACAUGGCCAUUGUGUGUGUGGUGCACUGGGACCGCCGGCUCCACACCCCCAUGUAUAUUCUGCUGGCCAACUUCUCCUUCCUGGAAAUCUGCUAUGUCAACUCUGAUGUGCCCAACAUGCUGGCCAACUUCCUCUCCCAGACCAAAACCAUCUCCUUUGCUUGGUGCCUCCUCCAGUUGUACUUCUUCUUCUCACUAGGCACAACUGAAUGCUUAUUUCUGUCCAUCAUGGCCUAUGACCGGUUCCUGGCAAUCUGUCACCCCCUGCAUUACCCCACCAUCAUGACUGUGAAGUUCUGUUGCAGCCUGGUCAUCUUUUGCUGGGUCUAUGGUUUUCUCUGGUUUCUGAUCCCAGUGAUACUUGUUACCCAGCUACCAUUUUGUGGCCCAAACGUGAUUGAUGACUUCCUGUGUGACCUGGGUCCUCUGCUGGACUUGGCUUCAACCUGUGUCCCAAUCCCAGGGACUAUUCUCAUAUGUGGCACCAUGAGCUCACUCCUCAUCUUUGCCACCUUUUUCUACAUUACUGGCUCCUAUACCCUGGUGCUGAGGGCUGUAGUGCAGGUGCCCUCAGUUGCUGGCCGGAAGAAGGCCUUUUCUACGUGCUCCUCACAUCUGGCUGUUGUGUUUCUAUUCUAUGGAUCCAUCAUGGUCAUGUACAUCAGCCCAACCUCUGAAAAUGCAGCUGGGAUACAGAAGAUUGUAACCUUGUUCUACUCAUCAGUGACCCCACUUAUAAACCCACUGAUCUACAGUCUCUGGAACAAUGACGUGAAGGCUGCCUUGAGAAAAAUUCAUAUGCACAAAAAUUAG